AUUAAUGAUAAGUAUAGAAAAAUUUUGUUCCAACAUUUUCAGGAGGUUUUCUCAAAAUUCGACGCCACCAAAUCGAUAAGUACAGAAAUCCUCUACAGGACUCGAUAUUUAUGCGCCAAAUAUCUAGGAGGAGCGUGGAAUCGGUUGACACUUGACCAGCUCCGGGUCAAAGCCAUCACGGGUGGCAUGUCCAAUCUGUUGUUCCUUGUCGAACUGGCUCCCGACGUCGACACGAUUGGUUUGGAAGCUCGACAAGCGUUGUUACGAAUUCAGUGUCAGACUGAUCUCGAUCAACUGCUUACAGAAUCAGUUGUCUUCACCAUGCUUUCAGAACGAUGCCUUGGCCCGAAGCUUCUUGGAGUGUUUCCCGGUGGUCGUUUUGAGCAGUUCAUUCCCAGCCGACCACUUACAUGUCUCGAAAUCAGCAAACCUGCAAUUGGACGAAUAAUUGCGCCAAUGUUGGCACGAGUACACACCCUUGACGUGCCGAUUACUAAGGAGCCAGAAGUGAUGACCUGCGCUCGCGGUUGGGUGACUAAAUUCCGUCAAACCGCUGGAGGAUCUCGACCAAUCAAAUUGUACUGCACAGCCGCUCGCGUACCUCGUGAAUCGUAUCCUUCAUCAAUCACCUGUGAUGAGCUCGAGCAAGAGCUGCAAUUUGUCGAGGAUUUUUUAGUGAAGAGUAAAAGCCCCGUGGUGUUCUCUCAUAAUGACCUUCAGGAAGGAAACAUUCUCCUCUGCGAUGAAUGUAAACUCAAUGAUGACGGCUGCAUAAAACGUCCAAAUGAUGGCAAUCAUGAAACGGACCCAUUGGUCUUCAUUGAUUUCGAAUACUGUAGCUACAAUUAUAGGGGAUUCGAUCUUGGCAACCAUUUCUGUGAAUACGCCUACGAUUACAAUUGUGAUAAACCACCAUACUACAAAGUAUACGAUGAUAUGUUCGAUGUGGUUCAUGAGAGGAAAAGUUUCUGUGAAGCAUACUUGAAUGAAGUUUAUAAGGUGAGUACUAAUUUUCAAUUGAAUAGGAAGUAA